AUGCCUCGUUUACGUAUCGCUGGCAGAUGGAAUAAGCGUCCGUGUGGGGCCAACUUCGGGUUCGGUGGUCGGUUGGCCAUCUACCGUGCUCCAAAUGAUCCCGCUCGACGUCCUCGUUCAUCGGCCAGUCUGAGCGUGUCUCGUCAGAUUUCCGGCGGUCCUGCGGACUCCACUGUGGCGGCCGGGGCAGUGACACCGGAGAGCACAACCGGCGCAGAAGCCGCAUCGUGUCUGCGCCCCGUCCAUGUCGAUUGGGUGGACUGUUUGGACACCUCUCCAAUUCGCGGUCUGAAAUCCGCACUGAAUUGUUUGUCCGAUGAGAAAUUGCAUGGAUUGACCAAAAAUAUGGUGCAUUGGUUAGAUCAGAUUUUGACCGUACCGUUGAAUCAAUUGACGGAUAUAUGUGACAAAAUGGCCGAAAUUUGCGUACCGCACCUCGUGAAUUGCAAUUCCACUUGGAAAUCGCCGUGGGAAUUUCUGAAAGCUCAAUUUCAACCACAUACCGAAAGACGCGCUCUUCUGUCCAAGUUGUUGGGUUUUGACGAUCAACAGAUUCACAACGAGGUGGAGUCCGUUUUGGAGCAAUCCUCGGAUACUACACAGUUCGAAUUCCAUUGCCCUUGUCAAAUGGGAUCAAAUCGAGAGGUAGCCAUUGAAAACUUGUCUGCUCUGCGCUUAGCACUUGUGACCAAUGAUCUGGAAGCAGCCAUUCGUCUCUGCAUGCAUAGGUCAGUUUGUCUCAGUGAGAUUGGACUCAUUCUCGUCCCCUUCCCUGUGUUUUUUGCCUGGUUUGAUACUCGUGCAGAACUGCCGAAUGACUCAGCUGAUCCCAGCCAUAGUAUAUUACUCGACUGUUUAGUUUAUUGGUCGAACGAACCAAAUUUAUCACGUAAAAAACACUGUGAAUUUUUAUGA